AUGUCCUUCCAUCUUACUUCCGAGGACAUCCAUCUCGAAUUUGCCGAUGACAGCACCUGGCUGGUCGCGCAGGUCAAGGAUGCUCAUGGUCGCUUCCAUCACAACCGUGUCAGACUAGACAAGCACAUUGGAAACAGCGAUGGCUGGUUUAUCUGGGGCGGAGAGAACUUCACUCGCAGCGCUCGUGACAUUCGACUGGAGCAUGGCCCCAGGGGACCGAAACUCACUGCUGAGCUGCCCAUGAUCAACGGGGGUUUCAGAGAGCGCCAGGGCAUCGACUUGGCCGAUAGGAUUGAGAACCGGGAUGGUCACCUUGUGUACCUGGAAUAUAGAACAUUCACCAGUGUUUUCAUUUCAUUCUCUUUCUACCUUCCCUUGCCCUACUUCUUGCCAUCUCUACACAGUAAUACCUUGAGGACUUUCUCCGCAGAGCUGAAUGACAAAGGACGCCCAAUCGAGCUGCGAUUACUGGUGGUUCCCCUAACUAUCCAGUGUUUGUGGCUAGAGCACGCAUUGCAAGUCUUAACGUCACAAACAUCCGGAUCCGUUGAAGGCAAGCAGGCCAUAGAUGUCACAUAUCUAUAG